AUGAACGGCGACGAAAAAGGCAGCACGCCAGGACCAAUUACAGAACCCAACACGCUCACCAGAGUGAACACCUUCCCCCACGCCGAAUUUACUAUUCCACCAGCUGAUACGCUUCAACCAUGCCUCAGUGCCCAAACUCACUCUGCCGCACCCCCGGUAUCGGAGAAAUGGACGGGGAAUCCAAAAAGCUCCACUGUAACUGGAGAUGAAGAAGCCACCCCCUCGACCUCACACAAUGACGAUGAGGUUACCUACCCUGAAGGCGGCCUGGGAGCCUGGUCUGUUGUCCUAGGAUCAUUCAUGGGCCUUGUUGCUGCACUGGGUAUGAUGAACACCGUCGGUAUCUACCAUGCAUACAUUGCCGAGCAUUUUCUGCAAGACUACCCUGAAAGCACCAUUAGCUGGAUCUUUUCCAUGUAUGUCUUCCUGUCCUUCUUCUGUGGACUUCAGAUUGGACCCAUUUUCGAUGCUCAUGGUCCGCGACUUCUGGUUCUCGCAGGCAGUAUACUGCUUUGCUUAUCCAACCUCCUCCUCGGCCUAUGCACCAAGUACUGGCAAUUCUUCCUCGUUUUUGGCGUUCUCGGUGGUGUUGGAACGUCGUUGAUCUUCACCCCGGCUUUUGCAGCGGUUAGCCACUUCUUCCACCAGAAGCGUGGUAAUGCCACUGGUCUUGCAGCUACUGGAGGAUCCAUUGGAGGUGUCAUCUUCCCCUUGGCAUUGCAGAAACUGCUACCAUCGGUUGGCUUUGCAUGGGCCACUAGGAUCAUAGGUUUUAUUGAUAUCUUCUGUUGCAUCAUUGCCUGCCUGUUGAUCCGCUCGCGUCUUCCACCCAAGCCGGGACAGUCGAUCAUGCCCGAUUUCCGCAUCUUCAGUCACAAGUCCUACCUGCUACUCACAGUUGGUAUCUUCAUGAUGGAAUGGGCGCUUUUUAUACCCAUUACCUACCUCACGACCUUUGCACAGUCGACUGGCGCCUUCACCCCAGCAUUCUCGUACCAGCUGACUGCCAUUUUCAACGCUGGCAGCUGCAUUGGACGCUGGUUGCCAGGUAUACUUGCAGACAAGCUCGGUCGAUUCAACAGCAUGAUCGCCAUGCUUGCAGUCUGCUCGGCUUCGUCGUUGACAUUUUGGCUACCAGCAUCCUUACUGACGCCCACCACACCAUCAGAAGCCAUGGCUAUCAAGGCACUGUCGAUCGUCUAUGCUGUCAUCUUUGGCUUUGCCUCUGGAUCCAAUAUCUCUCUGACACCUGUGUGCGUCGGGCAGCUGUGUGACACGAGCGUGUACGGACGCUACUAUGCGACAUGCUACACUAUUGUCUCAUUCAGUACGCUGACUGGGAUUCCCAUUGCUGGCAGUAUCCUUCAAGCGACCGGUGGAUCAUACUGGGGCGUCGUGGUAUGGACGAUCAUUUGCUACAUCUUCUCGUCGGCAUGCUUUGUGUGGAGCCGAGCCCUUCAAGUUGGAUGGAAGCUGGGUAUCAAGUUUUGA